CGAGAGGCCGGGUUUGCGGGGUGGGCGUGGCCAGCGAGGAGGGGCCUGGGGGCGGGGCCUACAGGGACCCGGGACGGGCUGGCGAGCGCCAGGCCUUGGGGACCUGGUCUGCGGGGGCCUCAGCUAGCGGGAAUCCUAGGCGGCGGCGGCGGCUUCAGACCAGGCCCUGCCCCACGGUCUCAUCCCGUUGCGUUUUGUCCCUCUCGCGCCCCCAGCUCUAAACUCCGGGCCCUGUUCCCUGAGCUCUGCCCUCGGAUGUCCCACCGACCAGAGCCUGCAUGCGCCGUGGGGCGCCCCAGGACCAGGAGCUCGUGGGUUCCGGGCCUCCCGGACGAGGGUCCCGGGGCGCCCCUCCUCCCUCGGGACCUGUUGUCCCGGUGCUCGUCUUUCCCCCGGAUCUAGUAUUCAGAGCUGACCAGCGGAGCGGACCCCGGCAGCUGCUGACCCUCUAUAAUCCCACAGGAGCUGCGCUUCGCUUCCGAGUCUUGUGCACUGCACCUGCCAAAUACACAGUGUUUGACGCAGAAGGAUAUGUGAAGCCUCAGUCCUGCAUUGACAUUGUGAUUCGCCAUGUGGCCCCCACUCCCAGCCACUAUGAUGUCCAGGAUCGCUUCCGAAUUGAGCUGUCUGAGGAGGGAGCUGAAGGCCGAGUGGUGGGGAGGAAGGACAUCACCUCAGUCCUGAGGGCCCCAGCAUACCCCCUUGAGCUUCAGGGACAGCCCAACCCAACGCCUCACCCAGGGCCUCCUUCCUGGACAGCAUCACCCACAGCCGGACACUUCCCAGAAAACCCCCACCCGCAGCUGGCCACCAGCUCCUUCCUCCUAUUCCUGCUGACGGGCAUCGUCUCUGUGGCCUUCCUACUGCUCCCGCUUCAGGAUGAGCUCGGCAGCCAGCUGCCCCAAAUCCUGCACGUCUCCCUGGGACAAAAGUUGGUGGCAGCCUACGUCUUGGGCCUCCUCACCAUGGUGUUCCUUCGAACUUGAGCGCCCUGCUCAGCCUCCACCCGGUCCAGUCCACGGGCAGUGAGUGAUGUGGGAUGUGAGACAGCCACUGUGAUGCCCAGACCUUGCCUCAACUCCUCCUUCCUUCAUCCUUCCUGUCCACCAGCCCCACCUAAACCCUGACAGAAAUACCCAGGGAUUUGUAUUAAUUUUCCAAGUUGAAUAAACUAAAUUUUUAAAAUUAAACUGAAAAAUGUAGGAAACAUACCCCUUUCUUCCCACUUCUUUUCCUCCAGUUCCUUCCUGCUCCCAUUCCUAGGGGACCUGGGUGGUGAAGUGGACCAGUGGGCUUUUAGAUCUGGGUUCUAGUCCUGGUACUGCCCAAAAAUGCUGUGACCUUGAUCAAGUCUUUUAAUUCCUCUGUGUUUCAGCUUCUACCUCUAAAAUGAAGGACUUGGAAAGGGGAUUUUCACGAUUCCCUUAAGCCCUAAAAUAGGAUUCUGUCCCAAGGAAACACACAAAAAUACCAACAAUCCUGUCCACUGUAGAACUGACGUCUCACUGUCAGGAGCCUCCUGCCAAGGUUGCCUGGAUGCUUCCAAUCUCCAGAAUCCUCUUCUGUCUUUUGACCCUUUAUUGGUUUUUAUUUUGUCUCUUUAAGACUUCAACUCCCUUGGGUCAGAAAUGCAAGGUCCUGGGGGCGUGGCAUUGCCUGACAUAACCAGUUUAACCAGGUAGGAGAAACUAAGGCACUGAAAAAGAAUAGGACCCUAGAAAGGCAGGAUUUCAACCCACCUGCCUUCCUUCAGAUGUGGAGAAGGGGAGUAAAGGGAGAGGGGCCCACUAGUGGCAGUGGCAAGAUUGUUCAUUGGGGACAAAACCCAGCAAAAUUAUGUUAAAAUAGACCCCAUCUGUUAUGCUAUUGAAAGAUUAUCAGUUGUUCCAGCUUUACUUUGGGGGCCUGGGGAGCAGCCCCUCUGCCCAGAGGGGAGUCUUGCCCCUCCUACACCCACUGGCCCAUGGUGUACAGAGAAAGGCUCUGCAACAUGUGUCUGGGAGUAUGGGUGGGCUUCACCACAGCGCAGCAAACCACUCUCCAGGUGACACAUGUACAAGCAGCCACUGUCAUAUUGGACAGGCUGUGCCCAGGACCCCAAAAAGGCAUUUCAUUGAACAUUAAUAACCCUGCUGGUAUUUGCUGUGAAAAGGCCUUGUUGCUGGUGACGACAGAAAGGCUUUCAGAGAGAGCCUUGAAGCAGCUAUUGUUUCUUAAGUUUUUAGAAACCAAUACUCAGCUUACCGUAGUUAGAGUAAGUGAAUGUUAGUUUUCUGUGGCUGCUGUAACAAUUUAUCAUAAACCUAGUGGCUAAAAACACUACAAAUUAAUUCUCUUAUAGUUUUUUGGGGCCUGAAGUCCAAAAUGUGUCUUCUGGGAAUAAAACCAAGCCGCCAGAGGGCUGCAUUCCUUCUGGGAGGGCCUAAGGGAGAAGGAAAUGUUUCUUUGUCUUUUACUUCCAGAGGCCACCUACCUGCAUUCCUUGCUUUGUGGUCCCUUCCUCUAUCCUUAAGGCUAGGAGUGAAAAAAUGAAUGAUUGUUGUUUUUAAUUAAACAAAAAAAAGCCAGGAGAGUAGCAUCUUCACAUCUUUGCCUCUCACCCUCUGCUUCUGUUGUCAGACCACUUUUCUCUAUUUCUGAUCCCCCUGCCUCUUACAAGAACCCUAGCAAUUGCAUUGUCCCUCUCCCAUCUAGAAUAAUCUCCCCGCUAAUGUGCUGUGGAUGCCACAGACUGGGGGACUUAAACAAUGGAAAAUGAUUUUCUAAUAGUUCUGGAGGCUAGAUGUCCAAGAUCAAGGUGUCAUCCCAUUUGGUGUCUCCUGCAGGCUUUCUCCCUGGCUUGCAGAUGGCCACUUCUAGCUGUGUCCUCAAACAGAGCACUACCUGGGUCUGUUUACUCGAAGAACACCAGUGGAAUUAGGUUAGGGCCCAUUCUAAUUGCCUCCUUUUAAUUCAGUCACCUCUUUAAAUGGUCUAUCUCCAAAUAUAGAGACAUUCCCAGGUGCUGGGGGAUUAGGGCUUUAACAUGUGAAUUGGGAGAACACAAUUCAACCCAUAAUACUCCCAUCUCAAGUUCUCAACAUAAUCACAUCUCAAAGUCUUUUUUUUUUGUUAUGUAGGGUAACAUUCAUUCACAGGUUCCAGGGCUUAGAGGACAUGUACAUAUGUGUCCAGACAGCUACUCUUUCUACUUCAGGGAGCAAAUGGAUGAGGAAGGACUGAGAAACUGUAACAGGGUGGUCCCCAGGAAAGGGGGAGGUUCCAGGUUUCCUGCCCCACCCAAGGGAGGGUGGGGCUGAGCAGGGAGAGAAGAAGCUGCAGAGGAGACUGAGGAAGGAAGCAGGAUGGAGCCAGAAGGAGACCUGGAGGAGGCACAUGGAGCCUAGAGAUACGUGAAGAAACUGUGCUUGUCUUUUGGUCGUGGACUGGGUGACACAGAUGUGGGUGAGACCCGUGGGGAAGUGACAAUAGCAGCUUUUAUCUUGAUUUUGAUUUUGCUCUUUUCCUUCCGGGCUUGUCUGGUUAUUUCUGACCCUUUUCUGUGGGUCCCCACUGGAAGAUGCUUUAGACUUGUGGCAGGCUUUGGGGCCUUGCUCUGGGCCAAUCCCAUUUGGAUGGAGUUUUACCCACGAGGGGACGGGUAACUUUGGGUGCUUGAUUUAGAAAAUAGAUUCUUUGCCUUUCCUGUAUUGUUUCCAAAUUGUAUUAAAGUUCCUUCCCAUUAAAGUCUCAUAUGCUUUGUGUUGAUGCGGUGGAUGGCAG